AUGGCCACCGAAGAGGUGCAGCCGCUCAAGAUAGUCAAGUCCAAUUCGACUGCUUCGUCGAUUGGCUCCCCGACCAAGAUGGCACGCCCACUAUCAGAAAUCGGCUCCACCGAGAGGAGGAGAAAUUCGCCCAGUUACAACCAGGCCACCAGAAAGAUGGUCGCCAACAAAGACUCAUCACCCUUCGAUUCAUCCCCACUGCAACAACAGCGCUCACCGCGCAUGUUCUGGGAAGACCGCGCCUCGCCCUCGCGUUUUGGCUCCGAGAACAGCCCUGAGCGGCCAGAGCGCUCUGCUUCUCCUACCGGAACAUCUUCACACCGUCGUUCAUCUAUCGAGAAUCUCAAANAGGCUUCCCGUGUCAAGAAUAGCACCAUGUAUGCUCGCGAAACAAAGCACAACUACGACCCCUCGAGCUCUCCCGUCAUUGAGCGCCCUCUGAGCAACCGUGGCUGGGGCGGCAACUUCCAAAACAACGUCUUCACCCGCUUUGACAGUCUUCGCAAGGAAAACAACCCUCUCAAGUCUCCUACUGAUGCGGAUUCGAGCCCUUCCAAAAUCCCUGCGCCUUCAUCCGCCCACUCUGUUGUAAACACAUCCGCUCCCACCUCCCNNCCUCGUCGGGAGACUCCUUCGCCAACCAAAUCUUCUCUUACAUCCAAUGGCCGUUUCGCCAGCUCUUUCGAAUCAGACCAAAGUCAAUGGCCUGAGGAACAAGAUGACGGAAGAGUCGCUACCCCUCGUGCGCAGCCACGUCAUGCCAAAAGCGUUACCUUCGAGACAGCGCCUCCAGAGAUCAACGAGUACGAGCAGCAAACACCAGAACCAUCAUCAAUUGCUUCCGGCUCACGCGAGGGCAGCUACGACUCAGAUGACUAUGAAGAUAACAGCUUCGAACAUGCCUCUUCGGUCGAGGAAGAUAGUUUCGACGCUUCACUCGAGGACACAGAUAAGACACCGGUGGUCCUUCCUGAAGACUGGAGACACAUGAGCCCUGAUGUUGCUCGUAGCCAUCUUGCCAACGAUUACGAUGAUGUUUUUGAUGAUGAUGAUGAUGAUGCCGACGAGGCCCCAGAGAGACAUGCCUCAAACUCGACCAACGAGCAACGACCUUCUUCUAGCCGCUCCGAGUCUGCCAACUCGGAUGCCGAAGCAAGACCUCUACCUCCACUUCCUGGCGUCCCCUCUUUCAGAAGAGAACGUGUUGAGUCUGGCAGCCUUGCUGCUGCUGCAGAACGCGCGAGUAGCAUCCAGCGUUCCCUGCCUUCUCCACCUCGUCCUGCUUCGGUCUCGAAGGAUGAAAUCCUCCGCAUGAGGGAGGCCAACAUGUCUAUGGAAGACAGAAUGAACCUCCUCAAACUGCAAACAUCCCUGGCCGAUGUACAGAAAUCUCAAGAUGCAGAAGAUAACACUGGGGAGGACGCCAAGUCCACUCACGAAGAUGCUGCCACCGCUUCAGAGCACUCAGAUGUCGAAGAUGAUGAUCUUGCUGGCUUUGAUUUUGCACCAAGCAUCUCGCGAGAGUCCAUCCUGCGGAACGUCAAGUCACAGAAGUAUGAUCAAUUUGAUGCCGAUCUGCAAGAGGAGUCCAUGGUGUCGUUUGCCGAUAGAGAUUACCGCGAACUCGCCAAUCUCGAUCCUGACGUCCCAAUCCNNCCCUCCCGCGAGACAUCAACACAAUUUGACGCUGAGGUUGGUGCUAACAUCAAAGAAGAGGCUGACAAUAGUUACCUGGACCUUAGUGCUGUCCCAUCUUUCCACUCUGAACCUGACGAACUCAGAGCGGACGACUAUGACAGACAGUCUGUCAUUCAUCAUGCUGGGUAUGAUGAAGACUCGCAGGCCGAAGACGAUGAGAGCCGCUACUCGUCUCCUAUGUCAGUUCUAAUCAACGAACAACCAGAAGAGCUUCAAGACAUGCCUGCUCAAGAUGACCAAGAAACACCGAUGCAAGAUGAAGCCUUUGCUACUCCGCUGGGCAACCCACAGUCUACUGAGGAAUCGAGCAGUAUGGGUCUUCCUCUGAGCUUCCUAGGCAACGAUGAUUUCGAUUUCGGUCUUAAAGACUACAUAACUCCUACCCCUCCUUCCUCAUCUGGUACUCAGGAGCAGAGCAAANAGUCCAUUCUCGAGCCGCCCGAGGUUCUGCAACCUAGUUUCACUACCGAGGCUCGAUACGGACGAGAAGGCUCAACUGAAUCAGAUCACACUAUCGGCCAUGAAUCCUUCGGUUCUGUCAUUCAUGGCUCCAUGAUAGACAUGUCCCCUCCACCUGAGGAGGCACCCAUCAUCCCCGAGCGCAAAGCCACCAUCAAGACACAGGGCAAACUCAAGGCUCGCCCCUCUGGUACUCCAGCCGACCUGGAAGCAAUGAGAGCUCAACGUCGUCAUGUGAGCCACGAAGUACCUCCGAUCCCCGACCAAUACCGCUCCGAGGCCUCGGCCCAAGCAGAUGAGCAGGUCUCUUCUGAUGAGGAUGAAGACGGAGAAGAAUCACACAGCUCUGGUUCUCUCUCUGAGACUGACAUGACUGGUCAAGAAGCUCAGCAAGACGUAACGGAUGGCGAACACGACGCUGAGAAGUCCCUUCAGAACGAUACGAAUCUCGACAAAGAUGUUCAGCUCGGAGACGAUGGAACAUCAGGCAUGCUCUCCGAGCAAGACGAACACCGUCGACAAAGCCGCGAGAUGAAGCUCGACCUUGACUUCCCGCUCGGAUCUUCAGACAAUGACAUGGGUCUCGGAAUGGAUGCUGAGUUUGACCGUGUGAUUGAAGCUCAGAAGAAGGGGUAUCUUAUGCGACAAAACACCAAAGUCAUCGUCGCCAGCAACAGAAACUUCAGUGACGAAAGCCAGCGUCCGCUCUCUCCGAACGGCCAGGCCAAUCCUUCGACCGCUAGCAAGAGCAAACGCACCUCGCGCAAAUCAAGCGCCGGUGAGAAGUACUUGACGACUGAGCCAUGGAACGGCAAGACUAGACGCAAGAGUUCCAGGAGAUCUUCUGGGAGAAAGUCCAACAUCGGUGGGCCGGCCCCUCCUCUGCCUGGUCAUGAGAGCUCUCUGGGAAAGGUUGACGAAUACCUUACUACCGAUGAAACUAACGAUGGUGAGGAGAGAGGAAGACUUNUUGUCAAGGUUGUUGGUGUGAAGGAACUCGAUUUGCCGCUGCCACGCAGUAAGUACCUGGACCUCGAACAUUCUCGAAUCGAACUAACAUCAUCUCGCANNGAUGAUCGCCUCUUCUUCCAACUCACCCUGGACAAUGGCUUGCAUUGUGUGACUACUGCUGAUCUUCAACUUGGCAAAGCUGCUGCGAUUGGCCAGGAGUUCGAGCUUGUUGUUCUUCAGGACCUUGAGUUCCAGCUGACUCUGACUACCAAGCUACCAGCUCCUGCACCCAAGCCUCAGAUGUCGAUUCCUGUUCCCGUAUCUCCCACCAAGCCUAUCAAAUCGUCAACAUCAAGAUUCUCUCGCCUCCUCACAUCUCCCAAGAAGAGAGCGGAGCGUGAGAGGAAGGAGAGAGAAGAGGCUGCUGAGGUUGAACGUCGUCAGCAAGAAGAAAUGCAACGCAAGCGUGCUUCUGUCAAGCCUACGUCCUGGGAUAUGCUACGCGAAGUUGUUGAUGCCAAAUCUGGUUCAUUUGCCCGCGCCUACGUCUCUCUGAAGUCUCACGAAUCUCAGUGUUUCGGACGACAGCUGACUGUCGACGUGCCCUGCUUCAACGAGUGGGCGAUCGAGAAGGAUGCCGACGUCGUCAGCAGUGUGCGCAGCAAGCGCAACAAUGGCAACCCUGGCUUUGGUGGUAGAGACGGUACCAUCAGACGUCCGCCUUACGCUAUAGGCAAGCUCGAGCUGCAGCUCAUGUACAUUCCCAAGCCCAAGGGGGCUGGUGACGAGCACAUGCCCAAGAGCAUGAGUUCAGCUGUCAGAGAGAUGAAGGCGGCUGAGCAAGUCAAAGAAUCGUCGUGGGAAGGUUGUUUGAGUCAGCAAGGAGGCGAUUGCCCGUACUGGCGCCGUCGCUUCUUCCGUCUCCAGGGUACCAAGCUCACAGCCUAUCACGAGCAUACUCGCCAGCCUAGAGCGACUAUCAAUCUCUCAAAGGCUACAAGGUUGAUCGAUGAUCAGAAAUCACUUGUCGCCGAUCCGACAUCAGGCCAUCCCACGAAGGGAAGGCGCAAGUCUGCCUUUGCCGAAGAAGAUGAUGGCUACCAGUUUGUUGAGGAAGGAUUCAGGAUGAGAUUUGCCAACGGCGAAACCAUCGACUUCUAUGCCGACAGCGCCUCAGACAAAGAUGCCUGGAUGAAGGCGCUUGGCUCAUGCAUAGGCAAGCCUUCCACCAGCAGCACAGCCAAAUGGACCGAUGUGGUGUUGACCAAGGAACGAUCGGAUGCCAAAGCAGUGAAGGCACAACAGAACUCGGAAGACCGCAGUCGAUCAGGACCGGAUGCUUAUGAUACCAAGAUCAGUGCACCCAAGCUCAAGCGAACAAUGUCACAACAGGACAGCAUGAGAGAUGAUACGCCACCUACAAGCAGUCCACCCCCAGGACACCGUGACAGACACCAGGUCAAGAGCAUGGUCUUCUAG